AUGCCGUCCGCCAUCUCUCAUCGCAAUGACUCCACGAACAUUCUGAAUCAGAUUGUCAUGUCCCCAUCGGACUCGGACUACCUAGACCAGCUUAUCCCUUCAAUUCGAGAGUACAGCUAUGGCAACCAGACGUCGCAGCUUCUACGAUCGUUGUCCCGCUUCGCCAGCGAUAAGGAGCAGGAGAUCGAGAAUAUAUGCAAUACAAACCACCAAGAAUUCGUUACUUCCGUCAAUCAGCUUCUUCGAAUCCGCGAGGGCACAGUCAGCUUGACGUCGGAGAUUUUGGAUCUGAACCAAUCCAUCCAGUCCAGCACAGAGAAGUUAGCUGAACAGAAGAAGGCGCUGGUUGAGUCAAGGAGUCAUCGACAGAACAUUGAUGAGAGCCUUCGCGCACUUCAAGAUUGCCUGGAAGUUCUGAGGCUAUCAAACCAGGUCCACGACCUUCUCGGAAAGAAGAACCAUUAUGCGGCUCUGCGAGCGCUGGAAGAGCUGCAAAAUGUUCACCUCAAAGAAAUUACCCAGUACAAGAUAUCAGAGCUGAUUCAACGAUCAGUGCCGGCAACUCAAAGAGCGAUCGCAGAGGCUGUCAUGUCCGACUUGAAUACGUGGUUGUAUCGAAUUCGAGAGAUGUCGCAGUACUUGGGGGAGAUUGCUUUGUAUCACACGAACUUGCGCAAGGAGCGCUUGAAAGAGAGGGCCCAGCACUUGGGAUAUUUGGAACAAUUCAAACUCAACUCAGCUAUUGAACUGGUCUCUGAUGAGCAUGAAGAGUACGAUUUACUACAGAAUGAAGACCUCCAAGUCGAUUUUACGCCCUUGUUUGAAUGUCUUCACAUUCAUAGAUCGUUGGGACAGAUGGAUAGGUUUAGAGCAGAAUAUGCAACGACACGACGACGGCAAAAGGAACUUUUACUUCCGAGUUCUAUCACGCUAGUUGAUGCCGAUGGCGCUAGCUUGCAUACCCUGUUGGAAGAGAUGACUGGCUUUGCGAUCGUGGAAAGAUCUACGAUGAAGAAAAUUCCAGAUCUUCGAUCGUCUGUUGAUGUGGAAGAACUGUGGGAAUCAAUGUGCCACACAGCAGCUGGUCUGAUCACAGCAGCACUUCCUGAAGUUGAUAAUGCGGAGAGUCUACUGAAGAUUAAAAAUCUCGUUGCGUUAUUCAUGCAGGCCAUGGAUACGUGGAAUUUCUCAACUACGGUUUUCGACAAACUUCUUCUCACUCUUUUCGGAAGAUAUGCCGAUCUGCUCAAGACCAGAUUUAGUGACGACUUUCAAGAGAUUGUUUCUACCGACGACUACAUGCCUAUGCCGAUUCAAAAUCUCGAAGAAUUUGACAAAGUCAUCAAUGUCAGCUGGUACACACCAGAAAAGCCACGUGAAGAACAAACAUUCCCUUGCGUGCUGCCCUUCUCCCAAAUGUACCCUCUUUGUUGUAUUGACAUAAGGAAUUUUUUGAACCAAUUCUACUUCUUUUCCAACGACGAUUUCUCGCACGCGGAUGUUAUUGACGAGACACUCAAGAUGGCUUUGGAUGACCUUCUAUCAAACGAGGUCUGCGAAACACUCGUUGAGCGCCUAAGUUCGCAAUAUCUAGGACAGAUCGUCCAGAUUUUGAUCAACCUUGAGCAUUUUGAAAUGGCCUGUCAAGAGCUCGAGGCACUUCUUGUUGCUGCUCGAUCACAGGCUUCUACUGCUGGCCCGGUUUCGUUAAAAGCCACCGAGAAAUUCCGUAAUAACAAGAAAGCGGCCGAAAAACGAAUCUUCGAGGUGGUCAACUCCAAGAUUGACGAUCUGAUUGAAACUGCGGAAUAUGAUUGGACUCCUACAGUCGAGCCAGAAGAGCCCAGUAACUACAUGCAAACACUGACACGAUUCCUUUCCAACAUCAUGAACUCGACAUUGCUCGGCCUGCCCACUGAAAUCAAAGAACUCAUAUACUUUGACGCACUGAGUCACGCCGCGAACGAAAUCCUGGCACUUCCUCUUUCACCGGAGGUUCGCAAAAUCAACCCAUACGGUGUCACUGCAUUAGCCAAAGAUGUCGAGUACCUUGCAACUUUUGUCGACAGUCUUAAUAAUCCCAUCCUCAGAGAGAAUCUGGACGAACUUCAGCAGACUGUCAACCUGCUUCAGUCAGAUAAUUCUGACGAAUUUUAUGAUAUCUCCACGCGCAACAAGAAGUAUGGCCGUGUCGACGCUAUGAAUGGACCAAUGUUGCUCGAAAAGCUCACACGCACAGUCUCAAGUCCCGUCAAGAACGAGAAAUUCGCGACAUUGUCGUCAAGAUUCGGAAUGAAAUAG